AAACUCAAUAAAGGUCACUUUCCAACUUUGUUGGUAAUGGCUCGAGACUUUCUUGCAAUACUAUCUACUAGUGUUGUAUCUGAACAAAUGUUAGCUACACAGGACAUGUUAUCAACGAUUCUCUCAUUAGACCCAGACACAAUAACAGCAUUAAUAU